UAUUGCAAUUUGUAGUCAAUUUUCGCGUUAAAUACAAAGCUUGUUUUUCAUUCUAUAAUUUAUUGAAUUGAAAAUCCCUUCCGUCAGUCCCUUUAUUACAAUCGAAUAUAGUCUAAAUAUUAAAAAAUGCGUAAAUGGGAGACGAAAUGUAAGAGAGCGAGUAAAUACUGCAUCGCGGCCGGCUGCUUCAACAACGACAACAAUUCCGACUGCACGUUCUUCCAAUUGCCGACCGGACACUCGGAGGAAGAGGUGGAAAGAUACAAGAAAUGGCUGACACUUCUCGGCAGAGACGACAUGCUAGAAAAGGACAAUUUGAAAAGAAGUUCCUACUGCGUUUGCAGCAAUCACUUCGACGACUCCCAGAUAAAAUGGCUCAAAACUCUCAAACGUGGCGCCGUCCCGACCUUGCUGCUAGCUAGAGAUAUAGAAGGAAGCUCAUCAACAUCCACAAAGGUCAAAAAUGUGGGAAAAUCUUUACAAAAAAUACCAGGGGUCAAAAUUGAAGAAGAAUCUUUACAAAACAUAAAAGUUGAAAUGUUUUCAUCAGAAAACGCAGAAUGUUCUGUCUCAGAUACUGGAAUAGUAACAUUUAAAACUUCUGCAAAAGCAUUGAAAAGGUCGCCAGAGAGUGGCGUUUCAAAUGUAAUAAUUGUGAAGAGUGAAUCCCUGUCGACUGAGGAGAUGUCGGAAAACUCGACACAGGCUCCAAAGGGUUUCAAAAAUAGAAAUCUGACGUGCGAGGCUCCUAUUAUUCCCAUGAAGAAAUUCAAGGACCAAGAACAAGAUGAAAGUAAAUAA